AUGGCCAUGGAGCCGCGGGCGGUGGAGUCGGGGCCCAGGCCUCCAGUGGGCGGCCUCCAGCCCGACACCUGGGCCUCCCUCUUCGACGAGCACCCAGAUCUCCUCCAGCGCUUUCUGCCCUGGCUGCAACAGCAGCUGGGGCUGAUCUUUGCGGAGGAGCCUUCAACAGCAGUCGUGCUGGAGGACCUCAUCCUGUCUGUCCUGGGCUUCUUUGGGCUGGACGAAGGGGUCCUGGUCCGGCUGCUGCAGGCCAGCCUCCAGGAUCGCGCGGCGACGUUCGUACACCAGCUGAUCAACGUCGCCGUGCAGCGCUGCAGCAGGGAGGCCCACCGCCUGCUGGGCCUCGAGGACGGCCAUGCCGUCGAGGAGUGUCUUCCACUAAACUUUCGAAAAGACGAUUUGAAGGGAAUUCACAAGGAUCGAAUGAAAAUUGGAGCAUGUCUGGCUGACGUUGAUCCAAUGCAAACAGAUUGUUCAGUACGGUUUGAUGGUGUGGGUGGUCUUUCUGACCACAUUUCAGCUUUAAAAGAGAUGGUCGUUUUUCCUUUGCUUUACCCAGAAGUCUUUGAGAGAUUCAAAAUUCAACCUCCAAGAGGCUGUCUCUUCUAUGGCCCUCCAGGGACUGGGAAGACACUGGUUGCUCGUGCACUUGCUAAUGAAUGUAGCCAAGGUGACAGGAGAAUAGCCUUUUUUAUGAGAAAAGGUGCCGACUGCCUGAGUAAAUGGGCGGGGGAAUCUGAACGACAGCUUCGUUUAUUGUUUGAUCAGGCCUACCAGAUGCGACCUUCAAUUAUUUUCUUUGAUGAGAUAGAUGGUCUUGCUCCUGUGCGGUCCUGUGAACAAGACGAAAUCCAUAGCUCUAUUGUAUCAACACUUCUGGCACUUAUGGAUGGGUUAGACAGCAGAGGAGAGAUUGUGGUAAUUGGAGCCACCAACAGGCUGGAUUCUAUAGAUCCUGCUUUACGAAGACCCGGACGGUUUGAUCGAGAGUUCCUCUUCAGCCUGCCAAAUAAAGAGGCUAGAAAAGAUAUUUUCAAGAUUCACACACGAGACUGGACCCCUAAGCCACUGGACAUGUUUCUUGAAGAGCUAGCUGAAAAAUGUGUUGGAUACUGUGGUGCUGAUAUUAAAUGCUUAUGUGCUGAAGCUGCCCUCUGUGCUCUGCGCCGCCGCUAUCCUCAAAUAUACAAAAGCAGUGAGAAACUGCAGUUAGAUAUUGCUUCUAUUAAAAUAACAGCGAAGGAUUUUGUCAUGGCUAUGCAGAAGACUGUUCCAGCUUCACGGAGGGCUGUGGCUUCACCUGGGCGAGCACUAUCACCUAUUUCAAAACCACUGCUUGAAAACACACUAGCAAGAAUUUUACAAGCCUUGCAGAGAGUAUUUCCCCACGCAGAGCUUGCUCUAAAGAAGGACCAACAAAAUGCUUAUUACCAGCCAACAUCUUGCAGGCCACGGUUCUUACUAGUUGGAGAGCCAGGAUACGGGCAAGCUACUCAUUUGGCACCUGCAGUACUACAUGCCCUGGAAAAGUUUCCAGUCUAUACACUAGACCUAUCUGUUCUGUUUGUUAGCACCACAUCAUCGGAAGAAACAUGUGCACAGUUGAUGCGAGAAGCACAAAGAACAGCACCAAGUAUCAUUUAUAUUCCACAUAUCCAUUUGUGGUGGGAGGCUGCUGGAGCUACAUUGAGAGCUACUUUUACAACACUACUGCAGAACAUUCCAGCAUUUGCUCCAGUUUUGCUGCUUGCAACAUCUGAUGUGUGUCAUGCAGAUCUCCCAGAAGAGAUAAAAGAAUUGUUUAUUAAAGAUGAUGAAGUGUUCAAAAUCCAGUUGCCUAAUGAGGAAGAAAGAAGGACAUUUUUUGAGGACUUAAUUGUAAAUCAAACUGCUAAACCUCCUGCAUCAAAAACUAAGACAGCUUGGCAGACAUUGGAAGUACUGCCUGUAGCACCACCGCCUAAGCCUCCACAGCUGACAGAGGAAGAAAUAAGACAGCUGGAGGAGCAGGAGGAGGAUAUAUUGCGUGAACUUAGGAUUUUCUUAAGGGAUGUGACUCGUAGACUUGCCGGUGACAGACGUUUCAGAGCAUUUACAAAGCCUGUCGACCCAGAGGAGGUACCUGAUUAUGACGCAGUUAUUAAACAGCCCAUGGACCUUUCGGCAGUUCUCUCGAAGAUUGACUUGCACCAGUACCUAACUGCAGGAGAUUUUCUAAAAGACAUCGAUCUAAUCUGCAGCAAUGCUUUACAGUACAACCCAGAUAAAGACCCUGGAGAUCGUCUCAUUAGGCACAGAGCUUGUGCUUUGAGAGAUACUGCAUAUGCCAUUGUGAGAGAGGAAAUGGAUGAAGAUUUUGAACAGCGCUGUGAAGAAAUUCAAGAAUCUCGCAAGAAAAGAGGUUGUAGCUCUUCAAAGUAUGCUCCGCCUUACUACCAUGUAAUGCCAAAGCAGAACUAUGUUCCUGGCUGUGAGAAAACAGACCCAAAGUGUAACGAAAAGAUGAAGAUGCCAGCAGCGCCUGUAGAUUCCAGUACACCGUGCUCUGAAGGACUAGGAAUUUUGCCAUUGACUUCACCCAUGCGCUUUGUGCAGUACUCCGUCGAUACAAAGAACGCUUCUGAAGUUUACAGCUUUAUAACCGAUUUGAAGAAGGGCUCGUCUCCAAAUGCUUUUCUGUUCAUCUAUAUUAGUUCACGUAGUAAGACAGUCUCCUCAGUUGACCUGGAACAGAGCUUGUUUCAGCCUUUCCCAUCCGAGGUGGUAUUUCAGAGCUACGUCCCCUGCGAGGUCUAUGAAGCGCCGCUGAUUCUGAGGAACACCGACAAGAGGCGUGAUGGCAUGGAUGUGCGCAGGCAGAAGCAAGCAGGUUCUAUGGGCUUGUUGAAUAUGCGGAUGACUUGA